AUGUCGUGCUUCGCGGGAGCUUUUUUUAAGGGUAGUUUUUCACUAUCCCAUGUGGACUAUGCUGGGCGGGCUUCUUCUCACUGAGAAUAAAUUAUUGAUUGGGAGAAAAACUAAGCGGCAGAGAGCGAGAGGGCAACCCACUCGACUCGGGAUAGUGAAGGACUACCUUUAGUUUUUGCUUGUGGUUCUUUUGCCUUACCCUCAAGACGGAGAUGUUUAUCUGCUUCAAGUCCGAAGUUCUAUUCGAACGCAGCUCUCGCUUGAACCACUGUUGCACAGAGGGAGGGUCGACUGCCGUCGCGAACUUGGACCCGAAAACUGGCCAGUUGCAACUGCUCACGACCAAAGCAGUAGGGAAGGGGACUGAGAUUAGGGUACAUCUUCAGUUGUAUUCGAGGUGGUAUGAGCCCCUUCAGAGUUUCCAGUAGAAAUAAAGAGAGAGAGGCGAAAGUUGUCGAAGUGGAGGUCAACAUUUAAGAUAAACUUGCAGUACAAAAAAUAUACUCCCUUCUUGUUGUAGGGCACCUAGCUCAUUUUGUAGCUCACCUAGCUCAUCUCGCUUCGUCUAACCUCCUCACGAUCGACUACCUUGCUGGCGGCCGCUACGCACACCUUCAACCGGCAGAGCGGAAACUCAUUCUACAGGAGGACUAUGGGUUUUUGUGCACCUGUAAAGUCUGUAAUAAAGUCACGACUUCAGUUAAGGCUGGUUUCUCACUAUCUCAGGUCGGUGGAGGACGAGAAUCAAUGCUGAAGAAUGGCGUCCUCAUUGUCACUGAUUUAGUAAAGGGAAAACCAAGGUCGGUGGAGGACGAGUAGGCUGAGAGAAUGGUUUGGUCCUCAUUGAUUAUUUGAAGGGGAAAUAACUACUAAGGGGGACACACGGCAUUCCAGCUAAGGCGGACGCACGGCCUGGGAUCAUAGUGAAAGACUAGCGCUAAUUCAGCAGUUGUUCCAAUGGAGGCUGGUCCUGGUGGCGACCUUGCUCGUCAUAUGAACGAACAACAAGAAGGGAUGAGUGUAGAAAACAUUAGAAUAAGAAACCAAAAUCAUAAUCAAAUGACGUCUUCAAGAGACCAUGAAAUAGAUACAGAAGAUGAAGAUUGAAAAGCAGGACUGCAUCGCUUCUUCUUCUCGAAUCAUGCUUCUUUAUUUCCAGACUUAUGCUUUGAUUCUUCUAGGAGGUAGACGUAGAAUGGGCGCGUUCUAAGUAGAAUGAUUUUUUUUUGUUAUUGGGAAAGAAUAGGAGGCAGGGAGGAGC